CUCUUUCUGUCCCCUCACUGCCCUUACCAUGAACCCAGACUUGCGCAGGGAGCGGGACGCGGCCAGCUUCAACGCGGAGAAACUCACUUACAUCCUGGAUGGGAGCCCCGAGAGGACCCGGCGCCGCCGGGAGAUCGAGAACUUGAUUCUGAAUGAUCCGGACUUUAAGCAUGAAGACUUAAAUUUCCUUACCCGAAGCCAGCGCUAUGAGAUAGCUGUCAGAAAGAGUGCCACAAUGGUGAAGAAGAUGCGAGAUUUUGGCAUUGCUGAUCCCGAGGAGAUUAUGUGGUUUAAAAAAGUACAUAUGAUCAAUUUUAUGGAACCGGUUGGCCUCAAUUACUCCAUGUUUAUCCCUACCUUGCUGAAUCAGGGCACCACUGCUCAGCAACAGAAAUGGCUGCCUCCAUCCAAUGGACUCCAGAUAAUUGGCACCUACGCCCAGACCGAGAUGGGGCACGGAACUCACCUUCGAGGCCUAGAAACCACAGCAACAUAUGAUCCUAAAACACAGGAGUUUAUUCUCAACAGCCCUACUGUUACUUCCAUUAAGUGGUGGCCUGGUGGACUUGGGAAAACCUCAAAUCAUGCCAUAGUUCUGGCUCAGCUCUAUACUAAGGGAGAGUGCUAUGGAUUGCAUGCCUUCAUUGUACCUAUUCGUGAAAUAGGAACCCACAAACCUUUUCCAGGCAUUAUUGUUGGAGACAUUGGGCCCAAGUUUGGCUAUGAUGAAAUGGAUAAUGGUUACCUAAAGAUGGACAACUAUCGCAUUCCUCGAGAGAAUAUGCUGAUGAAGUAUGCCCAGGUCAAACCUGAUGGCACAUAUGUGAAGCCUCUGAGUAAUAAAUUGACAUAUGGAACCAUGGUGUUUGUCAGAUCCUUCCUUGUGGGAGAGGCAGCUAGGUCUUUGUCUAAAGCCUGCACUAUAGCCAUCCGCUAUAGUCUAGUAAGGCACCAGUCUGAAAUCCAGCCAGGUGAUCCUGAACCCCAGAUCUUGGAUUUUCAGACCCAGCAGUAUAAACUUUUUCCUCUCUUGGCCACUGCCUAUGCCUUUCAAUUUGUGGGAGCCUACAUGAAGGAAACCUAUCAUCGCAUUAAUGUUGACAUCAACCAAGGGGACCUGAGUGAACUUCCUGAGCUUCAUGCACUGACAGCUGGCCUUAAGGCUUUCACCUCUUGGACAACUAAUUCUGGCAUUGAAGCCUGCCGGAUGGCUUGUGGUGGGCAUGGAUACUCCCACUGCAGUGGCCUCCCAAACAUCUAUGUCACUUUCACCCCCACCUGUACCUUUGAAGGAGAAAACACUGUGAUGAUGCUCCAAACAGCUCGGUUUUUGAUAAAAAGCUAUGAUCAAGUGCAUUCAGGAAAGUUAGUGGGCGGCAUGGUAUCCUACUUGAAUGACCUACCUAGUCAGCGCAUCCAGCCACAGCAGGUGGCAGCUUGGCCAGCAAUGGUGGAUAUCAACAGCCCAGACAGCCUAGUAGAAGCUUAUAAACGUCGAGCAGCCCGAUUAGUGGAAGCUGCAGCAAGGAACCUUCAAGCUGAAAUGAAGCACAGAAAAAGCAAAGAGAUAGCAUGGAACUUAACCUCUGUGGACCUUGUUCGAGCAAGUGAGGCUCAUUGCCACUAUGUGGUAGUAAAGCUCUUUUCUGGAAAUCUCUCCAAAAUUGAUGACAAACCCAUUCAAGCAGUUCUGAAGAAUUUGUGUCUCUUAUAUGCCCUGUAUGGAAUAAGUCAGAAUUCUGGGGACUUUCUACAGGGAGGCAUCUUGACAGAGUCCCAGCUUACCCAAGUGAACCAGCGGGUAAAAGAACUCCUGACGGUAAUCCGCCCUGAUGCAGCUGCUUUGGUGGAUGCAUUUGACUUUCAAGAUGUUUCACUUGGCUCUGUGCUUGGCCGCUAUGAUGGGAAUAUUUAUGAAAAUAUGUUUGAAUGGGCCAAGAAAUCCCCACUGAAUAAAACACAGGUUCAUGAAUCUUAUCACAAACACCUGAAGCCAUUGCAGUCUAAGCUGUGAAAUCUGUUAUGAUGAGCAGCCCCAUCAGCUCCAGAAAGCAUAGAUGCUUUGCUUUCCUUUACACUGGAUGCAUAUAUCCUGAAUGAAAUCUUUAUCAAAUACUGAUAGCCUUAGAACAAGUAAUAAAUUGGGCCCUCAUCCUUUUUAUAAAUGAAGAAAAAUGGACAUAUUUGGGAGAUUGAAUGGAAAAUGGAUGUCUUAAGUGCAAUUAAUAGUGAGGUAGACUUUUUAAGCAUUCAGAAAAGCUUUAUAAAAAUAUAGUAUGGCUUCUGUUCACAGUGCUGCUAAUUUCUAUGGUCUAUGACCUCUGAUAAUUAGCAGUGUUUAACUACUAAGUAGUUGGCUUUUCAAGUUAUAACUGCUAAUCGCUGGAAAUACUUUAACCGUGAAAUAAGUGUUUUUAAGCAAAAGGUAUAUUUUGAGGUGUAGUAGAACCUCAAUUUGUAGGCUUGUCUAUCAAUGUCCCACAACUCUUGUAACCCUUCUACUACUGGGACUGUCUCAAAAAGUAUGACCUAAGGAACUAGAUUAGAGAGGGGAGGCCCAUCUGAAAGGUUAGUACCAGUGCUUUGUGGCUGACACCUUUUCCCCACUUUAUUCAUUUUCUCCUUUGACAAGUAAAUACUAUGGACAUAAAUGUCUUGUAUCCCCGUAUUUCCCAGCUCAAGUAUUCUGUGGCAGCACCUUCCUAGUAUGAUUAGAAAUUGUCUCGUUGACCUUAUCCCAUUAGUUUUAACUAAAAGAGCACUGUAGCUGCUUUUCUACUUAUAGCCUUCCCAAUGAGAAGCACUGUUAACCUCUGUGAGGACUAAGAAUAAAGUUAGCACUUCAAAGUUAAAAUGACUAAAUGGCAUCCUAAAGACAGUAGUAGUUGAUGCUUGGUCUCUGCCAAAGGUGAAAGGGGGAAAUCUUUUCUGAAUGGAAAGAGAAUAGCUCUCCUGAGUCACUAUAGCAGGUUGGAGGUUGGGGGCAGAGAGGAAAUGAAGGCCCACACAGGUUAGCGACUCAUUGGGGCAGGUGUGGUUUGGGGUUUCUUUGUGCUCUUUAUCCAAACUUUUAUCUGAAAUGCUAAAAAGUCCCUUUCUAUUAAAGUCUCACUUGCAUAAUUGUUCGGUGGCAAAGAUUUAAGGAUGCGGUUUUAAUUAAAUUUUGUGAUUUCAUUUAAAUCAAUGUUAUAUCAAACGGCAGAAGUCACUUAAUUUUAUACUUCUUUCUGUGACACCUGUCUGGUGAAAUCUUUGUCCUAAAAUUUUACUUGACUCAAAUAUAGGAUUGUACCAAAAUCAAGAAAUCUUUGGAAUAUGUUAAAUCAUCUUUGCAAACUAAGGGAAUAACACUAAUGAAAACUGCUAGCAUAAGAAUAUCAAGUUUAAAAAUAUUAAUAUAGAUUGACUCAAACUAUAGUCUUUCUUGGAGUAAAAUUAACCAUACUUUUAAGUGUGACAUAUAUUAAGUUCUAUUUAGGUCGCAAUGCUAUUCUGUUGUCAGUCAGCAAUGUGACCUAAUAUCUGAAUUAGUGGGAAAGAGACAAAAGGAAAAAAUUAUGGUGUUUAAUGCUAUUCUUAUAGAACUGUUAUUUCAGUGAUAAUGCUUAUAUGUAUUCUACCAAGAUGUAUUUGUGUAGUGAUGGUAUUAAGUGGAUUGGAAUAAGACUCAUUUGGUAAACUGUACAAGAGAUCUGUGAUCAUGAAAAACCAGUCUGAGGAGAUUGCAAGUAUCAGAAGGACUCUAAACACCUAAUGUAUCAGGUUUCAUUUCCUAACUCAGGCCGGACUUUUUGUACUAUUUAAUUCACUAAGAUUCAAAUGCUUUGCACCGAUUUAAUCAAUGCAAAUAGAGUCUUUUUAAAAUUAAGAAUUACUUUAAUAUGGAUUCUUAAGUAAGUCAAACUUUUGAAAAUCCUUUCAGUCUUGUUUGUCAUUCAUUUGCAUAUCAUAUUAGUAAGAUUUUAGUGCAAACAUAAAUUUCAAACUUAGGCAAAUAUAAAUUUCAGAUCCUCUGAAUAAUCAAAUAUAGAAUCAUUGUUCUGAAUUGAAUAGUUUUACUUAAUGAGCUUUUGUUAGAUAAUGUUGGUGCAAGCCUUUUGGAGAAAUACUUUAUCUUGAACAAUAUAGAAAACUUAAAACUAAAUGUUCGUGAAUUUAAUUCAGGUGAUUUCUUUGUUCAUUGAUUAAUCUCCCCCCAUUGGUAUUUUGAGCACCUGAAUUCUGUGUUAUUCUGUAAUACCGGUUUACUGAGUAGCAUUCAGUAUUUAUUUUAAGCUAUGAAUAGUUUCAGAGUCCUGUCCCUUUGUAUUUGCAUUGCCCUUUUAGGUAGUCUUGUUAAAUGUCAGCUUAUCUUCAUCCACAGAGAGUGUACUUGUUUGUACCACAGUGACUGAAUUCAGGUACUUCACAACAGCUUUAAUCAGGUGCUCCCCUGCCAAUUUGUCAUAAACCUAAAAGCACCUGUCCCUUUGAAUGUUAAUAGUUACUAAAUUAUAUCUUGAUUAUUUGGGGUGGGGAGAGCUCUAAGUUGGAGACUUGCUAACUUUCUGCAUUGAGGGGUGAAAGUUCCUGAAUUAUUUGGUUGGUUGCCCAUAAUUUGUUGCUCUCCUUUCAGUUUUUCUGUUUAUAUCUGAGAGCCUCAGUUUGCUGUUUAUAGGCUUUUACACCUCUAUUUAACACAUACUAAUACUUUUUGAAAUCCGAGAUCCAGUCUCAAAACAUCCCCUUUUUAUGAGGGGGUUCUGAGGUGUGGAAUUGGGUUGGAGUGACACUAAAGGAACCUGAAGUUUGAAGACUUGAAUUCUCAAAUCUGAAGGGCUUCCUAUAGAUUUUCCUGGUUCAGUAGUUUUGACUUGAUGAGUAAACUUGUCUUACUGUAUAAUCAGAUAGGAUUUAAUUUUUAGAGCACUGAACCAAAUCACCUCAUAAACAAGGCCUUAGAAUAACUUAACAUUUAAAACUAAGGUUUAGGGUUGGUUUGUUAACUUUAAUCUAGCCAAAUUUAUAUUCAAAUUUUCAGUACCAUUUCUAGGAUGAAGUUUGUAAACACUAGGAACUAUAUGAGAGCUUUUUAGGUAAGGAUAGGUGGUGUGGACUCAACAGGUGAAAUGCAAAUACUAAACUCAAAAGUGAGGCAGGAAAAUGUUUCACUUACACUGGUUUACUGUCAUUUAAAAUUAUGUGAAGAUAAUGGGAAAAGAUUUGGGGGAUGGAGAAUGUUUUUAAAUAUUCUGAACUGUAUUACAAAAGCUAUUUUUGCUGCUGUGCUUACCUUUCAUUACUGUCCUGUUUCACAAAUCAAGAAUUUGAUGUAGAAAGUAUGGAAUGUUAUCUUGAGAGUAAUCCUUGCAUACUUUCUUCCUCUUCAAAUGCAUACAAUCAUACUUCAAACUUAAGGCCACAGAAUCAGUAAAAUGAUUUGUAAUUAUCUUAGUAGAAGAGCCUUGGGUUCUAGCCCCGUAUUUGCCACUAACUCUAGAACCUGGGUAUGUAAUUUCAUUCCUCUUGGCCUCUGAUUCCUCACCUCUAACAGGUUCUGGGAUUUCUGGUUGUGCGCAGGCGCCUUUCCAAAUGAUUGUAAUUUUCCCCCCCAACUGCCUUGCUCUCGUGUAUUGUUGGGGGGCACGUUCCACGACUCUGAGUGGGACUCACCUAAAGCGUCGCCCCCAGCGGUGACCGACCCUGCGGGGAGGAAGUGCGGGCCGGGUGACCGGGCUACAUCGACCCACUUUUAUCUUGCCGACCUACUGUCUUUGUGAGAAUUGAAACCGUUAAUAAAAGUGUGUGAUUAGUACAAGUAA